AUGCCGCCGCCUCCGCGGCUCGCGCACGCGCGCCCCUCACCGGCCCGAGGGGCGGAGGAAGCAGGGAGCGCGCACGCGCGCCCCCGACAGGCCCGAAGGAAGCGGGGAACGCGCCCGCUCGCCUCCCCUCUCUGCGCACGCGCGCCCCCGACAGGCCCGAAGGAAGCGGGGAACGCGCCCGCUCGCCUCCCUUCUCUGCGCACGCGCGCCCUCGACAGGCCCGAAGGAAGCGGGGAACGCGCCCGCUCGCCUCCCCUCUCUGCGCACGCGCGCCCUCGACAGGCCCGAAGGAAGCAGGGAACGCGCACGCGCGCCCUUCACAGGCCCGAAGGAAGCAGGGAACGCGCACGCGCGCCCUCCACAGGCCCGAAGGAAGAGGGGAACGGCCCCGCGCCCCCCCUGCGCACGCGCCCCCCCGACAGGCCCGAGGGAAGCAGGGAACACGCCCGCGCGCCCCCCUCUCUGCGCACGCGCGCCCCUUACAGGCCCGAGGGAAGCAGGGAACACGCCCGCGCGCGCCCCGCCCUCUGCGCACGCGCGCCCUCGACAGGCCCGAAGGAAGCAGGGAAUGCGCCCGCGCGCCUCCCCUCUCUAAGCACGCGCGCCCUCGACAGACCCGAAGGAAGUAGGGAACGCGCCUGCUCGCCCCCCUCUGCGCACGCGCGCCUCCGACAGACCCAAAGGAAGCAGGGAACGCGCACGCGCACCUCCCCUCUCUGCGCACGCGCGCCCCCGACAGGCCCGAAGGAAGCGGGGAACGCGCCCGCGCGCCCCUGA